GACUAUUUGGUCUAUGUGUUCUCCUCCAUUCUUAGUAAGAUAUAAGAAUUUGGUUAUCUCAAAUAUUAACCAACCCUUGACCCAAUGUUCAUAUAAUCAGAACUGAGACAAGAGGCAUAAUGAUAAUACUGUUUAUUACUGUUUAGACAUCUGAGAGAGUGGGUUGUUAAAGCACGGUGUUAAGAGCUCAUGAAAAGUGAGUGCAAUAAAAUGGGUACUGCGGAAAAUAAUUAUCUUCUCUAUGGGGGUGAAGUGUGUGAUAAUUUGGCGAAAAGAUACAAAUCUCUGGGUGAAUUUUACUACCACAAACUGCAAGAUGAGGCCAAUGAAGCUGAAAUUAUUGAUGCAAAAUCUGGUCAAAGAGUCACCAGGGAAGAAAUGAGAAUUGGAGCUGAACAUUUAGCUGAGUUUUUGAAGCAAAACGGUGUCCAGACAGGAGAUGUCGUCACUACACUCAGUGAAAAUCGAUUGGAAUUCCCAGUGGUAAUCUUUUCAGUGUUUUACUGCGGAGCUUCACUCAAUGCUUUGAGUCCCUACUAUACUGAAAAUGAGAUUUCGCAUGCCCUAAAGAUAGUGCAACCAAAGAUAAUUUUCCUAACGCCGGUUGUCCUGGACAGAGUAAGAAAGGUCUUGCAAGAAUUAAAUCUAAAAAGUGUUGUAAUUAAAUUUGACGAAGAAAAUCUAGAAAACUCCAAGGAAAACCAUGUCCUAAACUUCAGAGAUAUUAUGAGAGAUAUAAAAUAUAGACCUAAAACUGAAAUUGUACCUGUGAAAGUGAAUCCUGAAAGCGAUGUAGCCUUCAUUCUGAUGUCAUCUGGAACAACAGGACUACCAAAAUGUGUUCAAAUAUCACAUAAGAAUGUUUUGAGUAUGUUUUCAGGGACAAUAUACAUUUUUACUGAUUUUCGCGAAAGAAGAGAUAAUGUUCUUCUGAUAACACCAUGGGUCCAUACUUUUGGCUUGAUGGCAAUGCUUCGCCUUGUGGCUUGUGGGGUCAGAACAAUAUCAAUUCAGGGCUUUCAGGAAAAGUUCUAUUUGCAAACAAUCGAGGACUACAAAGUGUCUGUGUGCUUUGUGGCACCUGCUUUGAUGGUGUUCUUCAGCAAAGCCACUAUUCUUGAUCAGUACAAUCUUCUCACAUUGAGGACUAUAUAUUCUGGAGGGGCUCCGCUGAGCAAGGAUAUAGUGGAAGGCAUCAUAAAGCGUCUUCCAAAUGUUAAAGUCAUUUACAAUGGAUACGGCUUGACAGAGACAUCCGCUGGAAUCCUCCACGCCAACUCAAGCAUCAACAAACUCAACAGUAUUGGAGUCCUUUACAGAGGAGCGUGGGGUAAAGUGAUCAAUCCGGAGAGUGGAAAGGCUCUGCCUCCCAAUACUCCUGGUGAGCUGUGUUUCAAGGGGGAUCAGAUAGUUCUGGGCUACAGGGGGAAUGCAGAGGCCACGAAGAACCUGAUCGAUCCUGACGGCUGGCUUCAUUCUGGAGACAUUGGCUAUUACAAUGAGGGCAGGGAAUUCUUCAUUAUUGGCAGAUCUAAGGAGGUCAUCAAGUACAAAGGCUUCCAAGUGCCUCCGGUGGAGUUGGAGACUGUGCUCUUGAGUCAUCCAAAGGUGCGCGAUGCCGCCGUCAUCGGGAUUCCGGAUGAAAUCGCAGGGGAGUUGCCAAUGGCUCUUGUGGUCAGAAACACGGGCGUCGAAGUGAGCGACAAGGAGCUCGUAGACUUUGUCAAUAGCAAGGUAUCGCAUCCGAAGAAGCUGAGAGGCGGUGUAAAGUUCAUAUCCAAAGUCUCAAGGAAUGUAAACGGGAAGAUUAUGCGGCAAGAAUUGAAGAGCAGAUUUGGCAUGAUGUCUAAACUCUAG